AUGUCGACAAUGACUGCAGUGGAUAACCUUGUUGCUCGGCAACAAACAGCCGUUGUCACUAGCAGCCCCGAGUACAAAAAUAACAUGGAAGAAUGGCAAGGCCUGAUCAGCGAACUCUAUGAACGUCUUGAAGAAGCCACGAAUGAAGGCAAAUCAAAGCACAUUGCACUUCAUCGCAAGCGUGGCCAGUUGCCUGCUCGUGAGCGUAUCCAAUUACUUUUGGAUGAAGACUCUCCUUUCCUUGAGUUGUGUGCAUUGGCAGGCUAUAACCAAGAAGAUAUGACAACCGGUGGAUCCAUUGUCGCUGGUAUCGGCCUUGUGAGCGGCGUAUUGUGUGUUGUAUCGGCCACGGUGCCUACAUUAUUUGGCGGUGCCAUGAACGAAGCAUCUGUUUUAAAAUCAGGCCGUAUCCAUCAGAUUGCCAUGCAAAAUAGACUGCCUACUAUUACACUGACGCAAUCGGCCGGUGCCAACUUGCAACAACAAUUCCGUGUGUUCCAUAGAGGUGGUGCUGGAUUCCGUAAUCAGGCAUUACAAUCCAAGGCACAGAUCCCAUCAUGCUGUGUAGUUUUUGGUAGCUCGACCGCAGGAGGUGCUUACCAGCCUGGCAUGUCCGAUUAUACGAUAUUUGUAAAGAAACAAGCCCAGGUAUUCCUUGGUGGUCCUCCCUUGGUCCAGAUGGCGACUGGUGAAGUGACAGAUGCAGAAUCGCUAGGUGGUGCCGAUAUGCACUCGCGUGUUUCUGGUGUAAGUGACCAGCUGGCAAACGACGAGUAUGAUGCUAUCCGCAAAGCACGAGAAUGGAUGGCCAACUUAAACUGGGAGUCGAAGGGUCAAUUGCCUCUCCGUCAUCUGAAGGGCCAAUAUGAAGAGCCUUACUACAAUCCAGAGGAGCUCUUGGGCAUUGUCUCAGCCAAUAUCCGCCUACCCUUCGACGCCACAGAAGUCAUUAUUCGCUUAGUUGACGGUUCACGUCUCACUGUUUUCAAGCCGAAUUAUGGCGGAAAUCUAGUUUGUGGAUGGGGUUUUAUCCAAGGAAUCCCGGUAGGCAUCAUCGCAAACAACAAUGUCAUUUUCACUCAAGAAGCCAACAAGGCGACACAGUUUAUCCAGCUGUGCAACAUCAAGAAUACCCCAUUGAUCUACCUUCAGAAUAUUACUGGCUUUAUGGUUGGCAAACAGUAUGAAGAGGAAGGUAUCAUCAAGGCUGGAUCUCGCUUCAUUAAUGCUGUCAGUAACUCCGAAGUGCCUGCAAUUACCAUUGUCAUGGGUGCCAGUUACGGUGCUGGUAACUAUGCCAUGAGUGGUCGUGCUUAUGAACCUAGAUUCUUGUUCUCUUGGCCCAAUUCCAAGUGCUCCGUAAUGGGCUCAGAGCAGCUUGCAGGCGUUUUGGAUAUCGUCAUGCGACAGGGCGCUAAGCGUGCUGGCAUCAAGAUUGAUGAAGAACUUGCAGAACAGCGCAAGCAGUUGUUCCAAGCUUCGGUCGAUGCUGAGUCGGAUGUCUACUAUACCUCUGCUCGACUUUUGGAUGAUGGUAUUAUUGAUCCGAGAGAGACUCGUACCAUUAUUGGUUAUUGCUUAAGUGCUUGUUACAGCAAUAAGGUUGAGGGUGGAAACAUCUAUGGUGUCAGCCGUAUGUAG